CCACGCAAUCCAAUGCAAGCCUCACUCUCACUUUCAUUUAGCACAGGAUUCACACUUCUCUUUUUUUCAUUUCUUAAAAUCAUUUGUUUCUUAUUCUUCUUAUUUAUUAAACAAGACUUCACUCAUUCAUUGGUGGUCGUGUCGUGUCGUGUCGUGUCGCAACUCUUUCUACUCCCCUUCCACUGCCCGCGCCCGGAAUCCAUUUGUUUUAAUGCCCGAUUCUCUCACCGAAAACCACUCACACACACACACACUCUCACUCUCUCACUCUCUCACUCACUCACUCACUCCUCAACUCUCCCUCACCAUAUCACAUCACAUCACAUCACAUCUAGCACGCGCACCUCGUAAGCAUUUCGAUCGCUUGCUUUUCCAUUCGUGUCGCAUACAUAUACAUAUAUAAUCAAACUUUUGUAUUUUGCCUCAUUACUCUCUUUGGGAAUUUGAUUCCGCGAACCAUUUUCCUUUCCUCGUCUACAUACAAUACAGUACUCCGAGUUGUCAUUUGAACCAUGCAUGGUUUAUGAUUAGGCGUACGGGUCAUUUGCCCCGCGUAUGCGAAGGUCUUCGACUUCUCUCUCUCAUUGCUUGCGGCUCUUCUCACAUCAAAUAACAUUUUGCAUACUUCCAAGACUUUGAUAUAUUGGUUAUAUCUCCUACACCUUUUCCCAUAUUUUUCGUCGCAAUGUCGAUGCAUCCAAGCUAUCCCCGCAAUGGGAGUUAUCCACGCCAUUAUUACCCCUCACCUCCUUCCAUGCAUAAUACUUCAGAUUCCGGAUAUGGUUCUACACGAGGAGAGAUGGGUCCGCCCUCAUUAGAUUUUCCACCUCAACCUAUUGAGAUUGAUCUGAGUAAUUCGAGGACCCUUCCAAGUCCUUCCCCUUCUUCUUCGGUUGCUUGGGAACCAACAUUGUUUCCUUCCCCUCAUGGAUUUCCUGAUUUAAAUUCCCCAUAUGGACCAAUUUCUAGGAUGCAACAAUUGCCAAUGGAUCGUGCGACAGGCCAGGCUCCAUUGCUCCAAUGGUAUGCCGAUAAUGAUGGACCUUGGUACCCCAAGACAAUUUCAGAUCCCAUCCCAGAGGAAAGAACAAAUAUCAAGGUUCGUUCAAAUAAUCGUGCACCCGUUGCUUUUGGAGGGCCGUAUCGUCAACAAGAUUCCUUGGAAAAUGGAUCCUUUCAUUUCGGUGGCCCACCACAAUCAGAUUCCGGAUAUGAAACCAGAAGGAGCCAUGGAAAUGCUUCAAUCUUCAGCUCUGACAUUAAUGAUCGCGAUCAAGACUGUCAAAGUUUAGCAGGUCAUGUCGCAGACUAUCAACCUUUUCAGGGGUUGAAUGAAGCAUUGCAAUCUCGCGAGAAUAGGACACCCGAAACAUGGCCAACACAUCUUCCGGCUUCUAUCAACUCGCCAGGUCUGUUCUGUCUGACCUGUCACAAAUCCGUAAAAACAAAAUCUGAGCUAAAGAAGCAUGAUUUACGACAUAAUAAGCCUUUUGUGUGUAAAUUUCCAGGUUGUGAAAGAACUGAGGGAUUUAGCACAACCAAUGAUCUAGAUCGACAUACAAAGAGCAAACACCGCUUAGCUACGACCUCGAAGGCGGAGUCAAUCAAAAGAUACCGGUGUGUUGUACCCGGGUGUAAGUCCAAGGAUAAAUCAUGGCCACGACUCGACAACUUCCGUAGUCACUUGAAACGAGUCCAUUCGAACGUCGUUGGGUUGGAAGAGAAUUUUGAGAAGAUCAUACGACAGGCUGAAUUUCUGGAAGAACCCUCAGGUUUGCCUCAAGAUGCCCAUCUUUCUGCAGAAGCGUCUACCCACAAUAUCUCGCACAAUAGGGAAGUCAACGAAUGUUCACCAAAAGCCCAGGAUAUCAAAUCCGAUUGGAAGCCCGUCUAUCCAAACUUGAUCCAGGAUUUAGUCACCCCAACGGAAAUUCCAAUGGAGAAACCUCUUGUCGCGGAUGUGAAUCCCAGUGGCACUGCUUUACCUGGACCGAACAAUCCUCCCGCGGAUCCACAUACUAGAGAUACAAUCCAACCAUCGGAAUUAUUUCGGAAUCCAUCAGAGGUUGUUAACAAAAUCUUUUUGGAAAGUGAUAUCUCAACCCUAGUGGGUACAAAGAGUACAUUGGAUCGUAAUCUUGAUCAUGUAAGCCGUCCAUCGGUGAGGAGAAAUCCAUUACCACCUGCAGGUAAGACAAAUCGACAUAGUAGCGUCUCAGCCACCGAUGCAACUAUUACCGAAGCAAUUAGAACCGCAUUAGCAGAGGCAAAUCAUCCAUCCAACGUUGGUGCAUUGCCGAUGGGACGGAAAGUUUUGCCUAAUGGAAAAUCUCCCCCCGCUGAUUCCUGGGGAUCCACAACAGAUAAACCUGCAUGCUUACUAAAUGGGUUUAAUAAGUCUACUUCUUCUACAACAGAUGAUUCCCUGGACCAGGAAAAAGCCGUUGAGGUUUACAAAACCCUUCAAAAGUUAGGUUACAUUGUUCAAAAGGAUCCAAAUCAUACACCUCGGAUACAAAACCCAGGAUCUAUUGCUAGCAACAAGAGUGAAAACCAAGUUACUUGUGAGGUUUGUAAAAAGUUUAAAGGAAGACCUUGCGAGUUGAAGAAACACAUGAAACGGCACGAGAGGCCUUACGGCUGUACUUUCUUGGCUUGCAACAAAACCUUUGGAAGUAAAAAUGACUGGAAACGACACGAGAACUCGCAACAUUUCCACCUAGAGACCUGGCGUUGCGACAAUGAGAAGCCCGAAGGUGGAGCAUGUGCGAAAGUCUCUUAUCGUCGUCAAACAUUUCAAGAACAUCUAAAGAAAGAGCAUGCUAUCAUUGACCAAGAUGAUGUUAAGAUUAAGGUCGAUGCUUGUCGUAUUGGCCGUAAUUGUCAGGCUCGUUUUUGGUGUGGCUUCUGCAAGGCGCUUAUUGACCUUAAGAAAAAGGGUCUUGAUGCCUGGACAGAAAGGUUUGACCACAUAGAUGAUCAUUUCAUGGGACGCCGCGAACUUCAAAAACAAAGUAUCCAGGAUUGGAUUCCAGUUGAUAGUGACAAACCCAAGGGCGACGUCACCAGUCCAAAUCCUUUAGGUGGAUCUUCACCUAAAGAUGACCGUCAUGAAUUUUCGACUGAUUCUACAGAUGACUUUGGUAGAAGCUCGCCCGAAUUUGUCGGUAAUAAAGGGUCCUCAUUUGCUUUGGUGGGUCAAGAGCCUAGGAUAUCCAAGAAGAGAGAACGCAACGACGAUGAAAAUGACAGGCCAGCAAAGCAUGCAAAGAUUGGGGAGAUUGUUUACUGUUGUCAUUGUGCAGAUGAUCUAGGACGUACUCUUGCUCUUAGUCCCAAGUGUACUUCCUGCAGUCAUGAUUUUUGCAACGAGUGCAAGAGCGAUUCGAUUGGUAAUUGCGAAGGACAAAAAGUCUGACAUGUUCAUGGAUAUUGUUUGAAGUUUCUUAACUGGUCUAUCGACCACUUUCAUUUGAGAAGGGAUAAUCGUGUAAAACUAUUGGGUCUGCGAUGUAAUUGGGUAGGAAUUCUAAAAAUACUGGGAAGGAAGAUAUCCAGGGAUAUUUUCCUUUGGCGUUUGCAAAUUUAACCUUACGAUAGAAAGAAAACCUUUUCCAUGGAAUUUAAAGGUUAGCGAGGGGCACAGUACUCGUAAAUUGAUUUUUUUGGACAUGGUACACCUAUGAUGGUGGGAGGUAUUGGGUGACCGUGUUGAAUAACAACUCCAAUGGUUGGAAUACGAUGUUUUCAGCCGCAGUUAUAACCGCUUUCCAAUCCGGCCCAUGAAGGAGUUAUCUCGCUCAUCACACCGAAUUGAUUCUAGGUGGUGUAUGGCAAAUAGUGCUCAUAGGAUAACUGAAAUACCACAGUUGUAAAAAACUACCUAGGGUCAAGGGCAAAGCCACAUCAUAUGCAACUCUCCCUCCACGUGGCGCACCUUUUCUACGACGUGAAUACAUGUGAAGCUAGACCCCUUUGGUUCACCGAGUUUUAGAGUGGAAGAGGUGUUUGGACAUGUAGGUAGGUGAAGGGCGAAGCAAGCGGAGUCAAAAAGUGAGGCUACAUAUGUGUAUGUGUAUCCAUUGUCUGUAUGUGGAAAGAGGGGGUAUUCUUAAUUCUUUAGGAGAUAUUCUUCAUGGGCGUUGGAGUUUGCUCACAGGGCACUGUUGGGUUUGGUAUUACAUGCAUUCGGAGAUCUUGAAGAUUACAUUCAUAUGUGAGCAGACACUACUCGGUGGCAUGGGAAGUUGUGGAAUCUUUGUAAAUACUACUUCUUCGUCGUACUCGAUCUUCAAUGUGGGUAGCCGAGUAUGUGUAGCAUUUUAAUGUAGAUUUGGGUUGAAUUGAUGCGGUAAAUGUGGAAUGGGGUGAACGGGGUGAAAUGGGCAAGAACCAAACCAAACCCGAUUGAUCUAACCGACCUAGCGAAUUCACGAACGAAAAUGCAUGUUAAACGCUUCAUUACACCAAUUAGAUCGAGAUGCAUUUAAUUGCGACCGCGAUACAGAUUCAGUCAGAUAUGUAUGUAUUUGAAAUGGUCUCUGUUAUCAUUUGGGGGCUGUUUUUAAUAUCGGCGAUCGGGAUGUUGGAGCAUUGGAUGGUGUGGGUGGGGGCUAGAGUGCUGACACCCUUAGAAGUAGAAUGAAUGAAUGAAUGAAUGGAAAAGAAAUUAGAAAAGGGGAAAUGGAAAGGAAAAGUAAAAGGAAAAGAAAGGAAUUGGAUGUUCUUGGCUGUACAAUGCAUGCUUUGAAGCAGAAACGAGUGCGAAUAUUGUGCAACCGCAAAUUCUGAGAGUCAAAGGCGAAGCAAAGUGCUAUCUGUACCGUACUUCGUUCUAAGCGAAGGGAGCGGAAGAAAACAAAGUUUCCCCAGUAAACCCGAUCGUAUCGAAUGAGAAAUUUAUUUUGUGCCGAGAGAACUUUCUCAAUCGACGGAACGGCUUGUGGAUUCUGUUCAAAUGGCGGAUAAAACAAUAAUACAAAUUCUCGGAUUUUGAGGAAUUGACGUCGAGGUCUGCCUAGCGGUCGCCUUGUCCGCCUUACACCAUGUACAAGGAUUAGCUCUUUUCCUCAUUGGUCCUGAUGUGGAACGCAUGUUAGGAUGGUAGAAAAAGGAAACGAAAGAGCGACGAAGAGAAAUGUAUGGAGAGCUCCAUCUGCACGAUUGACUAGCUCGGUCGGGUCUCCACUCGCAUCAUGAUUAAGAAUUUCGACAUGGGGAAAUGUUUGAGGUGUUAUGCGGUGCCCUGUCAGAGCUGCUUCAAGCCAUCAAGGAACAUGAGGAAUGAUGAGAGGCGCAGCACAGGGAGAGUCAUCGAUCUCCAAUACUUUUAUGGGCUCAGGGGUAUGCACGCCAAAGUCGACAUGCAGAAACGUUCGAAUUAUGUGAGGAGAUCCUUCACCGGGCCUCCUGUGGGGCCUACCCUUCUUCUCUCACAAUGCGGCUCUGUGAUAAAUUGCAAAUGAAAUAUGUCGGUCCCAAAUGGUACACAUAUAAACUUUUUGUGGAGGAUAUGUUGGGGCUUG